AUGCCGGCGGAAUCCCAAGUCGUGUGCGGGGAGAGCUCGGCCCAACUUGUCUUGGCGUCAAAGUCGAUGGCUUUGCUUCGCGUACCGGAGAACAUCACUAUAAGGGAUGGGGCUGCUACCUGCAUCUCUGAUUUUAACUGGGUUCCUGAUAUCCCAGGUGGUCAACCAAGACUUAGGCUGCAAGAUGUGGGCACUUCUCUGAGAGUGAAAGAUCUUCUGUGCAAUGGGGGGACUACAUGGGAUUCUCAGGUUGUGAAAGUUUUGUUCAUGGUAGAAGAUGCAGAGAAAAUUCUAAAAAUUAACACACUUAAUCCUUCAUUGCCUGAUAGGAAGAAGUGUGCUUUUAUGAUUUAG